CGCCCAUGGACCGUGCACUCAUACGUUGAUCAUUAUCGGAGAAUCCUCUGAAAACAUACCAGAUUUCAUUCCAUUUGUAUAGUUUAGCCCGAAUUGCUUUCAAUAAUCAUGCAGCACUUCGGGAAGGCUGCACUUCGUGUCACAAAGAAUUAUACGAAGGGCUACUCAGAUACACAAGCAAAAGUACGCGAUGCGACAUCGAAUGACCCUUGGGGUCCCUCUGGUACUCAAAUGAAUGAGAUCGCUCAAUUGACAUACAAUCAAGGUGAUUUCGUGGAAAUACUGGAAAUGUUGGACAAGCGGUUGAAUGAUAAGGGCAAAAAUUGGCGGCAUGUUUUCAAGAGUUUGACGGUGCUCGAUUAUUGUCUUCAUCAAGGCUCCGAGAACGUUGUCAUUUACUUUCGCGAUAACAUCUACAUCAUCAAGACCUUGAAAGAGUUUCAAUAUAUCGACGAGAACGGCAAGGAUCAAGGAGGGAAUGUACGACAGAAGGCAAAGGAUAUCACGAAUCUGCUUCUCGAUGAAGCAAGAUUACGACAAGAGCGACGCGCUCGAGCACAUAUGCGAGAUCGUAUGCUGAAAGGCUCGGCCACCAUGGAAGGUGAUAACGAUGAACAUUACAACGCAAUGGAGGAAGAUGAGAAUCGGAGUUGGAAGGGAGGCCCUAGCACUGGAACGAGUAAUGAUGAAGAUGACCUGAGGAAGGCUAUAGAGGAAAGUAAACGGACGCUUGUACAAGAACAAUUAAAGGCGGAGGAGAGAGAGUUGCAGCAAGCGAUCAAGCUAAGCGAGGAGGAGGAGGCAAAGAGAAGCAAGGCGGUAGAAGACUCGAAUGCAUCUACCCUGUUCGAUGAACAAAACCAAACCACCAAUACAUUCCCAAUGACAACGCUUAGCGAUCCUACUCCAUAUACUGUCGGUCUACAACCACAGUACACACAAAUUCAACAUCAAUUGACCCAACUCCAGCCUCAAUUUACGUCCUUCAAUCCGUACCAACAACAAAUGCAACAAGAAGCUGCACAGGCUGAAUUCCUUCGUCAACAAGAAGCAUUCCAACAACAGCAAGUGACAGCACAAGUGCAGCAGCAGCAAGAAGAAUGGAUGCGACAGCAGCACUUAUUAAAGCAACAACAACUCCAACAACAGCACACCUUCUAUCCAACGCAGUCACUCGUACCUCAGCCUACUGGAUUCGGAUCGAACAAUCCAUUCGCCCCUCGAGCAAUUUCUUCCCCAAUCUCGCCGACUAAUAAUUCCAAGCCCUCUUUCGACAUUCGUGGAACAUAUGAUCAACACAGCCAACUUAACAAUCUCAGCUCGCCUUCAUCGUUUAAGAGCCCGUCGCCCGCACCCUCAAGCUCAUUGCCGCCAAGUCCUGGCAAUCUUCCGGUGGCCGUGAAGACAAACCCCAACGAAAACAAGGAACUAGCCAAUCUUUUCGCAGACCGAGAGGGUGGUCAGGACACAUUUGGCAACCUCGGACUUCUACGGUACGGGCAUACGGACGCAGGACGACUGGUGGCGCAACAAAGUGUCAAUACUGGCAAUCAUGGUCACAAUCCUUUUGCACAACAACAGCAAAAUUCAGAGCAACAGCCGUUCUUCAGUAUUUGAGGUUUUAGUAACGAAUUUGGAAUGUUUAGAACCCCUUUAUUUUGCAUACUGAAUGUAGAUACAUCGGGACAUGAAUCAGCUUGAAUCUGAAGCUGGUUCAUUCAGUACAUAUGGAAACACAACAGAAAGUGGCC